AUGUCGUCGCCUCCAGAUAAGAAACAGCGCACUGGAAGCCACUUCAACCCUCUGCCUCCCUCGCCGCCUUCCUCAUUCGACUCGGCUCUCCCGAGCGCACGCGUCUCACGAGACGACGAGGCCGCGACUGCGUCCUCUUCCCCUACGAGCGACCGAGUACACAAAGUCAUCGACAGCUUGCGCGCAUUUUACUUUGGCCGCCACAGCGAGAGCGACAAUUGGAUCACGUUCCACCUCUCUACUGCGGAAUUUGCGCGCCUUCAUGAUCGAGUUCUCAUCGCGCACGGAGAUUGCGACAGCGACAGCGACACGGACUUUCUGCAGUGGUGUACAAGGCUGCGUUGGGACUGGGAUCCUGAAUACGAGGAGUUCUCAGUACGCAUGCUCGAUGACAUACACGAGGUAUUCAUCGCCCUGGUGAGGGACGAAAUUAAGAAGCAAAUUCGAUCAGUGGUAGAACGCUGGAGACAAAGACCGGGGUUUGAGGACGCAGCUGAAGUGCUCGCUGAAAUUGGAGAUGAGGGCAGCACAACGAUUAAGUUCGAUCAUAGACAUCAUGUUGCAGAACCGGAUACUUCACAGAACAAUUCGCUGGCAGCGGAUGCCGCCGGAGGAAAGGAUGAGGCUGGAGAUCAGGACGAGGCUAGAGAUCAGGACGAUGCUAGAGACCAGGACGAUGCUAAAGCGGAGUACAAUGAAGGCGGGGCAGCGACAGCUUCGGACGAGGCCGGCAAGGAGCGUAGUGGAGAAGAGCAGGAAUCCAGCGAAAACCCGCCAUCUCGCGAGUCUCCGCAGCCACAUCAGAGGUCACCUGACAUCCGGUUCUGCCACGAACAGCAGCGACGGUACCCACCUUUGGUCAUGGAAGUGGCCAACUCGCAGUCUGCUAAGAAUCUAGCGCAGAUAGGAGAGGCUUACAUCCUGGGCAGCGACAACUGGAUACGGACUGUCGUGGGAUUCAAGCUUCCAUACAAUCCGCCUAAGCAACCGAAAAGGAAGCAGAAACUUGCGACGAAAGUGCGCUCCGCACAGCUGACAGUCUGGCGCACUGUAUUGAAGGACGGUAUCGGCGAUGUCAAAGGUGGGAGAACCCUACAGUUCCGUGAUCAACAAGGCCGGCCCUCUGCUGGGAACUUCGACCUUAAUGUGUAUGACUUCAUGCCUCCAGCGAUCGCCGACAGCGACAUCCUCACACGGCCUCAACUCGACUUCAGGCUCUCUCGCAUCUCGUUCACUGAACUCGCUGAGAUGCUCGACCACGCAGAGCAGCGCAAGAAGGAGAAUGAUCGCCCCCUAAAGACACCAUAUCCUAGCGGGCAGACUGGUACGAGGAAAAGAACGAGGGACAGCCCGGAUGCAGAAUUCGUAAGCACAGUUGCGACGCACGUAGGCAAGGGCAAGGAGUCCGAGUUGCGGCGGUCUAAAAGGAGGAAGAGUCAAGAAGGAUCUACGUGA